AUGGGCGGUCUACAUUCUUCGAAGGUCGAAGAGGUCUGGAAGAGCGACGCUCGACAUGCCAUGGAGGCAGGAACCUUUUGCGUUAUAUGUGGCAGCCCGUUCCAUAUCGAAGGCGAUGUAUACAACAUCGAUCCCAAAGACAUCCGGUUUCAGUGGUUGAACAACCUUCGUCUGCUUGGUAGCAUGGCCGACGUGGCCGAACACAUGGUAGCCAGCGAGGGAAGCCCGGUCAACGUUUCCGAACUGCCCGAUAUUUAUCUCUCAGAAGUCGCAUCCUUCAGCUUGACUGGUUCGGGCUACUUUCGGAUUGUCGACGACGCUGGACAAGAUGAUAUCUGGUUCGACGCUCUUUCUUACACAGGCGACCAUGGAACAUUGUUUCCGUUGCAUGAAGGAUGCAUCGUAACGAGUUGUAGAGUUAUAGAGCAUCGGUAUUCGACAAGAAGGGAGGUUGGACUAGAACCCACUCUCAAGAUAUUGUAUCGACUACUAAGUACUCGCUUCGACCAACGGAAAUGCUGCACAGACGAACCAAACGAGACAUCAAACGACAUCUUCGAUCUAUGCUCCUCCUCUUCGGAAUAUGGUGCUAGAAGCGUGUUAGCCUUGAGCAGACUGGAUUGGUGGGGUGGGAAAUAUGAUAAAUUUUAUACCGACCCCAUCGAAGGGAAAGGUACUGCAUCCUUUGUUCAAAGGGUAUUGCAAAGCUCGCCACGUAGAAGAGACGAGCCAGAGUACGUGUUGAAAGCAACACGUGAACCCCAGAGACUGGAGCGCCUUCCUACAGAAAUGAUGGACGCUAUCUGCAGCUAUCUACCAAUACAAUCCGUCAUCGUACUACAUCGCACAUCGAAAGCACUCGCUCUGCGGAUUCCGCUCGACUCUGUGUUCUGGCGAAAUAGUCUUCGGGACGGAAGUCUCCAUCCGCAUAUUUGGGAUCUAGACACGAAGUGGAUCGAGCACCAUCUAUCUGAUCCUAAUGCAGCGCUUUUAGAUCCGACUGCAUCCUGGGAUUGGAAAGUUGCUGCAAAGCUUCUUGCGACGAAACGCUUUUCGAUAAGUGGAUGCGACGACCGCCUACUUGAUGUACCUGACGGCUUUUGGAACCGAUGUAGGAUCUGGGCUACUAUUGAGGAGGCCCUACAGGAGCAAGACACCACGCUCCAGUGUAGAGCAUCACAGCGCUGA